GCUGAGCCCGCGAGGCGCGCGGAGCCGCAGCCGCGCGCGUCCCCAGUGUCACCCCAUCCCACCGGCCACCGCCCCCUUGGACCCGGUCAUCUCGCCAUCGGGACCCCCCACCCCUCCACCUCACUGGGGUGGGUAAGCUACAGCUUGAGUGCCGAGCAAAAAGGACUGAACACCUGCUUUUUUUGGGGUGGUGGCGCGGGGCAUGAGGCGAGGGGCGCGAUGUCGGUGCCGCUGCUCAAGAUCGGGGCGGUGCUGAGCACCAUGGCCAUGGUCACUAACUGGAUGUCGCAGACGCUGCCCUCGCUCGUGGGACUCAACAGCACCGUGUCCCGCGCGGGCUCCUCGGAGAAAAUCACUCUCUUCCAGAGCCCGGAAGAGGGCUGGCAGCUCUAUACGUCAGCCCAGGCGCCGGAUGGCAAAUGCAUCUGCACAGCUGUGAUCCCUGCACAGAGCACCUGUGCCCGAGAUGGUCGGAGCAGAGAGCUUCGGCAGCUCAUGGAGAAGGUCCAGAAUGUGUCUCAGUCCAUGGAGGUCCUUGAGCUAAGGACAUACCGGGAUCUCCAGUAUGUUCGCAGCAUGGAGACCCUCAUGCGGAGCCUGGAUGCAAGGCUCAGGGCAGCCGACGGGUCAGUCUCAGCCAAAAGCUUUCAGGAACUGAAGGACAGGAUGACAGAGCUGCUGCCCCUGAGUUCAGUGCUGGAGCAGUACAAAGCAGACACACGGACCAUUGUGCGCCUGCGGGAGGAGGUGAGGAACCUCUCUGGCAACCUGGCUGCCAUCCAGGAAGAAAUGGGUGCCUACGGGUACGAGGACUUGCAGCAGCGCGUGAUGGCCCUGGAAGCCCGACUCCAUGCCUGCGCGCAGAAGCUGGGCUGCGGGAAGCUGACAGGCGUCAGUAACCCCAUUACCAUACGAGCCAUGGGGUCCCGCUUCGGCUCCUGGAUGACUGACACAAUGGCCCCCAGUGCAGACAGCAGGGUCUGGUACAUGGAUGGUUAUUACAAAGGCCGCCGAGUGCUGGAGUUCCGUACUCUGGGAGACUUCAUCAAAGGCCAGAACUUCAUCCAGCACCUGCUGCCACAGCCAUGGGCAGGUACGGGCCAUGUGGUAUACAAUGGCUCUCUGUUCUACAACAAGUACCAGAGCAAUGUGGUGGUCAAGUACCACUUCCGGUCCCGCUCGGUGCUGGUGCAGAGGAGCCUCCCAGGGGCUGGUUACAAUAACACCUUCCCCUAUUCCUGGGGCGGCUUCUCGGACAUGGACUUCAUGGUAGACGAGAGCGGGCUGUGGGCUGUGUAUACCACCAACCAGAACGCAGGCAACAUCGUGGUCAGCCGGCUGGACCCUCAUACCCUGGAGGUCGUGAGGUCCUGGGACACCGGGUACCCUAAGCGCAGCGCCGGUGAGGCUUUCAUGAUCUGCGGUGUCCUCUACGUGACCAACUCUCACCUGGCCGGAGCCAAGGUCUACUUUGCAUACUUCACCAACACGUCCAGCUAUGAGUACACGGAUGUGCCCUUCCACAACCAGUACUCGCACAUCUCGAUGCUGGAUUACAACCCCAGGGAGCGGGCCCUGUAUACCUGGAACAACGGGCACCAGGUGCUGUACAACGUCACCCUCUUCCACGUCAUCAGCACUGCCGGGGACCCCUAGGUGUCCCUGCAAGGGCUGUGGGGAGCCUUCCCAUAUCGCCUGUGACCCCACCUCCCCUCCCCACCAGCCUUCUCUUGGUCAUGUCCUCGCCUUCCUAGAUUCCUUCUCCCCACUUCCCAGCCCAGCUUUCUGUUCUCUGUAUCUCUACUCAUGCAUUUUCUCCAUUUUAUUGAUCUCUGCUUUUGAUACUCCACUUCUGAGUCUGCCUUUUUAUGGAUGCUCCUCUUCCUUAUUGAUCGAACCUCUCCUCUCCCUCUACCCACUCUCCCUCCUCUUCCUUUCCCAGUUUCCCACACUCCUUAUCCCUAUUCCUGGAUCUGAGUGCAUGGAUUUUGUUUUUUAAGUUUAUUAUUUACACAUUUUCUUUCCGGGUUGCCAGAAUAAACCGGACCUUUGACAUUUGG